AUGUUUUCUAUUGCUGAUGAACUGAUAAGAACACGUCGUGAAUUACGAGAAGUUAAAGAACAACUUCAUACUGUAAGUUCGGAUCCAUCAUCACCUGAUAUUGGAGAUCUUGCCGUACCUACAAUAAGUCUAUUCGUUCAAUAUAAGGGAUUUUUUAAUGAAUUAUGUGAUAUUCGUCAAACAAUGACUGUCAAAGAACUAUUGAACAAACUUCAUCCAAUAACAGGAAUUCCUCUUGAUCAUUCAAUACGUCUUCGUGUACUUAGUGAAGAUGGUUUAACAACAUUAUUUUUUCUUGAUGAAGAACUUGAUCGUACAUUAGAAUCAUAUGAUGAUGAUUUAAAACCACGAAUGAUUUUAAGUAUUGAACAUAAGGAUGAAAUUGAUUGUAAAAGAAAUCCUCGUCAACGAUCAAAAAGUUUAAAUAGUACCGUACGAACGUAUUCAUAUGAAUCUGAUGUUUAA